AUUGUGUGUUAUUAAAGGGGUAGAUGAAAAUAUAUUCAUAUUUUUACAUUUUUUUCUUUGCUAUAUUGAUCCCAAUGGUGGUCUUAAAUUGAAUUAUUCAUUUCUCAGUCUGUCACAAAGAUACCCAAGAUGAUCUGGGUGGCCCAGAUGGACUAAUCACAAAAGCAAUGGCUGAGCAAACGACUGGUGUUAUUAUAAUGAUUACAAAUAAUAAAUAACAAAUAACUAGAACCGUAGAAAUCGGUAAUCGACUAUUAUUAUUUGAUACAAUGCUUCUAUUGUCCGGCAGGAGGCAGCGCCGCAUUUGAAAACCUUUGAAACCACGUAGAAGAAGACAAGCCUUAAUGGCUUCGUGUUUAUCUGUCGGAUAGACCAUAGCUCUUCAUAUUCGUAAUAAUAUCGGAGCCUGUUGCUCUACUUAUGUAGUGGGAAAUGUCUACCCGGGCACUUCGAAGGCUCAAAGGGAAACAGCGAGGCCAGGAGGCGCUGGACUUUGAGGCUUUAACUUUAGGUGACGACGCCGAGCAGGCUGAGGUGGACGAAGAGGAGGAGGAGCACCUGGACUCGGCUACUUUCAGUCCACAGUCAAACUCACAGAACAGAAAGAAGAAGAAGAAGAAAGACCGACAAAACUUCAGUAACAUUUAUGAAUUGAUAUCAGAUGCGGACAAGGAUGGGGAUAAAUUGUCUCCUGACGAGGGAAAGGAGAAAACAGAUGAAUGUAAAACAGAAAAGACGGCUGCUGAUGCUGGACAGACACAAGAAGAGCAUCCUGCUGAAGUAAAGUCUUCAUCAGGAACUAAAAAGAAAAAGAAAAAGAAGAAGUCUAAAGCAACACCUGAAGAUGGACAGGAUCUAGCACAGGAUGACAACAUUGACUUGUUACUGGAGAACUUGGAGCAGACCAAUGGUUUGAGUCUUCAGAAAGACGAUGGUGGAGCGGCUGACAGGAGAUGUGUUCUUCAUGUGGAGCACAGGAAUCUCAACCCAGAGACGGAGCUGAAGAGGUAUUUUGGUGCCAGAGCCGUCUUGGGAGAUCAGAGACCGCGACAUAGAAACCGUCAGUUUCAGCGAAGCACCUGGAUGACUAGUCCAAAAGACAGUUGGCCCCGCUUCAGUCGGCCAGGAAUCUCCAUGACACUACUUCAGACGAAAGACGGCAUCCAGUACUUCAGCUUCGAGCACAGUCGGGAAUACCAGCAAGUGCAGUUCAAGUUCCUCGACGCUGUGGAUUCCAUGGAUCCCAACAACAUUGUGGCCUUGCUGCAGUUAAAUCCCUACCACAUUGAUUCGUUGCUGCAGCUUUCCGAUGUCUGCCGCAUCCAGGAGGAUCAAGAGAUGGCUAGAGACCUCAUCGAAAGGGCCCUGUACAGCUUUGAGUGCGCCUUUCACCCCCUCUUCAGUCUGACCUCGGGCACUUGCCGCCUCGAUUAUCUCCGACCUGAGAACAGGGCAUUUUAUCUUGCUCUUUAUAAGCACGCCAUGUUUUUGGAGAAGAGAGGAUGCCCAUGGACAGCUCUGGAGUACUGCAAACUCAUCCUGAGUUUGGAUCCAGACUCUGAUCCUCUUUGCAUGCUCCUUCUCAUCGAUUUCCUGAUGCUACGGUCAAGACAGUACUGGCCCCUCCUCCAGCUGUACCAGGAGUGGGAGGCUCCCAAAAAUCUAUCCCAGUUGCCAAAUUUUGCGUUCUCCUCUGCGCUAUGCCACUUUCAACUCAGUCAGGAUGAAGAUGUGGAGCCAGCGGAACGUGAGAAACAGAGAUGCAAAGCAGACCAGCUGCUGCAGAAUGCUCUCAUUAUGUUUCCUGGAGUUCUGAUGCCUUUGCUGGAUCAGUGCACAGUGCAGCCAGACUCAACGGUCACGUCACAUGAAUUCUUUGGAACGAGGACUCAGAUUAGACAACCUCCCGCCUUGGUGGAGCUGACCUCUUUGUAUGUGGGGAGAACUCAUAGUCUGUGGAGGGAGGCGGCUGUGAUGCUUUGGAUGGAAGAGAAUGUGAAAGUGGUGCUGCAACGGUCUGAUGCAAAGGAUCCUUUUAUUGAGGAGUGUCAAAACAAACGAAAGCAGAGAUACCAGAGCGCUCCACGUAGCAUCCACCGCCACGUCCUGCUUUCUGAGAUCAAAGAAGCCACAGCCAGCCUGCCACUUGAUGUGACCACACAGCCAGUGAUGGGCUUUGACCCCCUCCCACCUCUGAACUCUGUGACAUCAUACACUCGACCAGAGAGGCAGAGUGUUGGUUCAUCUAAUGAAAGCACACUGUCACUGUUCUUCCGGUCUUUACUGCCUAACUUCAACCUUCAGGCUGGACCGAGGCAGGAGGACCAAGCCGAAGUGGCCCGCGCCGGUCAGGAGCUGAACCAGGAGGUCAACCGCCUCAUGGUGGCGAUGAGAGACAUGCUGGCAAACAUCCGGUUUCAGGAACCCCCCAGGGAAGACAACCCAUUCAGGGACGAAGAGGAGUGGGACUGAGAGUCGGAGCACGCGCCUGUAAUUUCCAUUCUCCUAUUUCACUGUGGAAAACUGAGCUCCCAGUCAUCUGUCUGUAUCCUCAGCAGCAUAUGGGUCCAGAGAGGCCGUAAAUAAAUGAUUGUUUUACUCAAGACAGAGUUUGAAAUUCUGCUUUAUGGCUUUAAGAUGUGAUUUGUUCAAGGAAAUUUCAUUGAUGCAGUUUAGAUUUUUAAGUGCGAUAUGAGUAAAGGAAAAGGAACUAUAUUGUCAGAACCUUGGCAGCAAUUCAAAUAAAUCCUCGCAAAUUAGGGCUCAAAACUGAAGCGCCAUCCAGUACUCAGUGGCUUCACUGCUGCUUAUUUUCAUGAGUUUCCCAAUGCCAACUUCCAUGGACCCCACUGAACCUGCCAGGAAAUAUUGUUCCAUUGCUUUAUCCACAUUUUACUGUUAUACUUUCAGUGAUAAUGAGUAAUACUGUCUUUGUAAAAUCAAACGCUAAACAUGCUUGAGAAUAAACUGAUGACUCUCUAACUGGAGGAAUCGGUGGUGUUGAAAGCACAUCAUCUCUUCAGUGUUGUUGUGUCCGAUUGACGCACAGGUGUAUCAAGACAGAUUUGUUUUUUAUUCACUGUGUGAUUCAAGUGUCUCCUGUGAU